AUGGAUGCUCUCACUGCUCAGCGAACCCGUCUUACCUUUGCUCGUGUCUGUAUUCAAGUCAAUGCAGAUGCUACCUAUCCUGAAGAAAUUCUGAUUUCUAUUGAGGAAGAUGUUUUUAGCUUAAAAGUCCAGUAUGAGUGGAAGCCCUCUCCUUGUGAGCAUUGCAAAUCCCUGGUUCAUUCCAGCGCCACAUGCCCCUCCAAGCCAGUGACUGAUACCUUGAAUAACUCUUCUGCUCCCUCUACUUCUAAUGCACCUCGCGGAAGGAGUAAGAGCAGAAGGCCUCAAGGUAAGACUGCCCUUUCCUCUAUCAUCCCACCUUCAACCCUCCCUUCUUCUGUCAUUCUGUCUGAACAUCAGCCCAUUGUCUCUAAGCCCGCCACUUCUACUCUGUUACCUCCUAUGGUGCAGAAUAUUCCAUCUACAUCUUCUCUGCCACCUAGCCGCAUACAUGAGAGAAGGAUAGAAGUGGCAUCAUCCAUAUGA